AUGAGGAGCGAAUUUCGCCUGAAGUCGUUUGGGCUGACACACCACGAUCCCCAUGUGUUUACAAGGACGCCGUGGCUGAGUAACCAGUUGCCAUUCGUGCUGUACCGAGCCGUAGUGUGUCUGUACCAGGUGGCAGCCCUCCUCGCCCUGAACCUAACCCUCGCCAACAGCGGCCUGAAACUUCUAAUAUUCCUGACUCAGUGGGCCUACAUCGUCCUCACUCUCCACAUAGUAGUUAGCGCGGGACUCUGUUUCGCUGACUACUACAUGUACUACAGCUCUCGUUCCCAACGUGGUGAAGCUGCGUCAGACGACAACCCACUACCAUGGUACUACAAGCUCUACUGGAUCUUGUACAACGUUGCCUUCUGUAGUGGCAUUUGCGUCACACUUUUGUACUGGAUAUUACUGAGGGGCGACAACAGUGCCGGUAGCAUCCUGACGCACAGCGUCAAUUCCGUUACCAUAGUGAUUGACGUCAUGCUCAGCGGCCUGCCGUGCCGACUGUUACAUUUUGUAUACCCUUCGACCUUUGGGCUUGUUUACAUAAUCUUUAGUGUUAUCUAUUGGGCCGCAGGCGGUACGGGUCUGUAUGACUAUCCCUUUAUCUACCCCUACCUUGAUUAUGGGGGUAGGCCUGAUUUAGCUGCUAUUGUAGCUGUACUAGGGGUGCUAGUCGCAGUCCCCUUAUGUCACUGUAUAGUAUUCGCUCUCGCGUUGGUUCGCGAGACUUUGGUACGCUUAUUAAAGAAGCGACAGUUACGUAACAGCCAGAAUGUUGACAUGACUCCUCUGUAG